GCCUCCAUAGCUUUGGUUCCAAACCUCGUGUUUGAAAUGCACCGUGUCUGCCCUACCAGAGCGCUCAGGAGACAAACUCCGUGCAUGCUAAGUGAGGGGGCUGCAGAAUUGAGAAGGGUCACCAUUAAGUUGUUCCAAUAGAGGUCUGUGUUAGCAGAUCCCAAGACGCAUCCAGAGCCAGGAAUACCAGCAAUCCUUAAAGCUGCUGAAAAGCAUGACUUCCUGUUCUGUUGUUCCAAAACCUCCUGUAAGAAGGGUUGCUAUCUUUGGAGGAACUCAUGGCAAUGAGUUAUCAGGGAUAUUUUUGGUCAAGCACUGGCAAGAGAAUGGAGCUGAGAUUCAAAGAGCAGGAAUGGAAGUGAAACCAUUUCUCACCAACCCAAGAGCUGUGAAGAAGUGUACUAGAUACAUUGACUGUGAUCUGAACCGUGUUUUUGACCCUGAUAAUCUUGGACAGACAGUGGUGGAAGAUAUUCCAUAUGAAGUGAGAAGGGCUCAGGAAAUCAACCAUAUAUUUGGUCCCAAAGGCAGUGAUGAUGCCUAUGACCUUAUUUUUGACCUUCACAACACCACUGCUAACAUGGGUGGUACCCUUAUUCUUGAGAACUCCAGGGAUGACUUUACAAUUCAAAUGUGUCAUUAUAUCAAGAACGCUUUGGCUCCAGAGCCCGUUCCUGUUUUGCUGAUUGAACAUCCUCACUUGAAAUAUGCAACAACCCGAUCUGUAGCAAAACAUCCUGUUGGUGUGGAGGUGGGGCCUCAGCCACAAGGUGUUGUCAGAGCUGAUAUUCUGGACAAAAUGAGGAAGAUUGUCAAACAUGGCCUUGAUUUUGUUCACCUUUUUAAUGAAGGAAAAGAAUUUCCACCCUGUACAAUUGAGGUUUAUAAGAUAAUGGAGAAAGUAGAUUAUCCCAGGAAUAAAAACGAUGAAGUUAUUGCUAUUAUUCACCCAAACCUGCAGGAUCAAGAUUGGCAGCCACUGAACAAUGGUGAUCCUCUGUUUUUGACUCUUGAUGGAGAAGUAAUUACUUAUAAAGGGGACUGUACAGCCUAUCCAACAUUUAUUAAUGAAGCUGCGUAUUAUGAAAAGAAACAAGCUUUUGUAAAAACAGUUAAAAUGGAACUCACUGCAGAACACAUCAGAUCCUCAGUCGUAGCUCCAAACACCUCCUAAAAGCUCAUGGCAGAUUUUCCAUACAACAAGUGGGUUUCUUCUCUGUGAAAUCCAGUAUCAGUCUGUGGUUAUUCACGGGCUAAAUAAACCCAGAAUCUAAUUUAAAAAUUUAAUUUAAUUAAUGUUUUGGAACUUCUAAUAUGCACUAUAUUGUAAUAAGAUAAUGCUAAUUAUGGCUUCUAUUUACUUGUUUGAAAAGAUAACUAUAGAUACCAAGAGCAUUAUUUUUAUGAAGUUUGAUAGUUCGUGCUAUAUAAAAGGAUUAAACAACGUACCACAUAUACCGAUGAGUAGCAAUAAAGCAUCUAUGCAGAAUUACAUAGAAAGUAAAACUUUAUCACCCAGCUAAAUAACAUAAAAAUGACAGCAUUUUAACUUGCUAAGCAAAAACAUCCAGCAAUCAACCAUUCAUAAAUUAAUUGUUCAGCGGAGCCACAUGAAGUGAGAGACAAAGGAAACAAGUGAGAGGGAAAGAAACACUGAGAGGUGUGUGUGUUAUUACUGCCUGCUGCACAGAAGAUGAGGCCUUAGGGUUUGUUUUGGUUUUGUACUGAAGAAGAAUAUCUAAGAGCGUGAUUUCCAACAAAGAAAUACACUAAAAUAAAUUCUGUGUAGAUUGAAUUAUUACAAGAUUAAUUAAACCGAUCCCAAUUUAUCAUUUAAAGACAAAAGGGGCUGAAUUUCAGGAGUUUCCAGCAGUCUGAAAGAUCCUGAAGCUGUAUUCUGGGGAGAAAAGAAGUGCAUAUCCAGUGAAUAAUUCAGCACUGAAAGGUUCAUUGUCCACACAACCCCCAAAAAUACACACCGUGAAGAGUACUAAGCCAAAAUCUCUUUAGCUCACUUUGUGGAACUCUAUGGCAAUACAGUAAAAAUACAGGACAGAAAGAGAUGUUUAUUGAAUUACACGUUUUAUUUCUUUAUUCUCAGAUAAAUAUUGAAUAAAAAUUACUGAUUGACCUGCUGCAGUCAUUACUGUGUUCUUGAAAAAAGCCUUGAGAUGAGAGAUGCUUGGAUGCGUGUUCUGGCAGGACUCAGUGGCCAGAAAGCAGGGUAUUUUCUCACUGAAUGACUUUGAGAUCGAAUAACCCCUGCCUCCUCCCUCAGUUUUAGCACACAGCUUUGUACCUGAACGCGGCUACGGAACAUUCCUUACAUUUUUUGUGCCUUCUCUGUUUAUGGCUGUGCCUACAGAGUGACCUCAGUACAGUACAGGGACAGCUGAACCCGUUUUCAGUGACAAGUCUGUCCGUAGCAAUAUGGACAACAGAGCAGACCGGCUUUCUUCCUGGCUCCUGAGUAUAUGCGAUGAGGUAUGUUUUUGUACAGAAACUGGCACUGGAAAGAGUCCAAACAGAACCGUCUUGUCCUAUGGCAAUGUUCUUUGUUGGCAGCUUCAAUGCAAAAUUAACCAGCAGAGAUGAAAGAUUCCAGGAAGAAAGGAAUUUUUCUUCUCAUACUCACAUAUCCUACUGAGAAGGUCAAACUAUUGAGACUCAUGAACAUCCUUCCUCUAUAAUUCCUCUGCAUUGUAAGACAGUCACUGAAGAUUUCAGUUUGAUCCCGUCCGUCUGGGCCGUGCACGGUAGCAAACAAGGACAGGGCAUCUAUAGGAGAUAAGCUGGUAGAGAGAACCGUGUUCACAUCCCUGCAAACUGCUUUGCACUCAUCGUUCCUCUGCAGAGCUCGCUCACGCUCUCUUCUGUGUUAAGAAAGUCUUUGGGGUCAGUUUGCGAACUUCAGGCUUAGCUGUAGGAAUUCAAUGCAGUUCAUAUUAUCAUUCAAACACAGAACAGAAUUUACCUGAGCGUUUCCUACAUGGCAUCUUUAAAACAGGCACCAAAGGAACACGCAUAUGAAGAAAACCCAGGACAAGGAAGACAUGCAUUGCAUUAAUUGAAAUCUGAAGGCUCACAGAGCAAAUCUUUUUUAUACAUACACAAAUAAAAACGAAAACAACAACAAAAAAUAACUUAAAAUAGUGGACCGUCCCAAGUAAUGAAAUAAGGAGUGCUACAGAAAUGCAUUACUGUCCUCUGGAUAAAAAAAAUAACCACAAUAAGAACUCCACCAUUGCACCGUACUGAACUCCUUUUGUCUCUGG